CGUGACACGGCCUCGCUCGUCACUUCCGUUUCGCGGGUAAAUCGCGCUCGGGUUAACGUUUUCAAUCACGCCGGUUGAGUGUUGACUUGGUGUUGACUCGUCGUGCGGCGAGCCGAGAGCGAGAUUGCCGUGGAAGAAGUGCCCUGCUGCGACGGCGACGCUUCCGAGAGCGUCCGAGGAGGCAACAUGCACGUGCUCAAGCGUGAUGGACACAAGGAGCCUGUGCAUUUCGACAAGAUAACCGCGAGAAUCGAAACGCUAUGUUACGGCCUGGACAUGAAUUAUGUGGAUCCGUCUGCAAUCGCACUUCGGGUUAUAACCAACUUAUGCUCCGGAGUGACGACAAUCGAAUUGGAUAAUGUGGCAGCCGAAACUGCGGCGACUAUGAUCAAUCAACAUCCGGAUUACGCGACCUUAGCAGCUAGAAUUGCCAUAUCUAACCUGCACAAGGAGACAAAGAAGGUUUUUAGCGAGGUGAUAACUGAUUUGUAUCUCACGAAAAACUCGAUCACGGAUAAACGUUUACCUAUAAUCAGCGAGAAGUAUUACAAAAUUAUCCAAAGCAACGCGGACAGAUUGAAUUCCGCGAUAAUAUACGAUAGAGACUUCAAUUAUAGUUAUGCUACAUUUAAAAUGCUCGAGAGCAAUCACCUUUCGAAACUGAAUGGAAAGGUUGUUGAGAGACCGCAGCACAUGCUGAUGCGAGUCGCCGUAGCCAUUCACGGCGAGGACAUCGAUAAGGUCAUUGAAACGUACAAUUUUAUGUCGAAACAAUACUUCGUACAUGCCGCACAGACGAUAGAUACCGCAUGUACCGUUACGCAACAAAUGGCUAGCUCAUUUCUGUUGACGAUGUCCGCCGAUAGCAUAGACGGAAUAUUGGACACGUUGGAAAGAUUUGCUCUUCUCUGUCGUCACAAUGGCGAGAUAGGAUUCAAUGUACACUGCAUUCGGGCGAAGAACACGCCUAUAAGGGGCACGGGAGGCGUAUCGAACGGAUUGGUGCCUAUGUUAAAAGCGUACAACACGGCUAUUGCAGCUGUCUCCGAAAACGGCAUAAACGAGGGACCAGUUACUGUAUACUUGGAACCAUGGCAUGCCGAUAUUUUUGAGUUCUUGGAUCUCAAGAGGAGUAUUGGCGAGGAGCAAUUGAGGGCGAAAGGCAUGUGUUACGGAUUAUGGAUUCCAGAUUUAUUUAUGAAACGUGUUUUUCAUGAUGAUGUGUGGAAUCUGAUGUGUCCACAUGAGUGCCCUGGGUUAAUUACAACUUGGGGUGAUGAAUUUGAAACCUUAUAUACUAGGUAUGAAAAGGAAGGACGUUCUCGAAGACAAGUUAAAGCCAGGGACUUGUGGCUUCUCAUCACGCAGAUACAAUUCGAGACAGGAGUGCCAUACAUACUUUAUAAAGAUCAAUGUAAUCGCAAGUCGAAUCAUCAGAAUCUGGGGACAAUUAAAUGCGGCAGUUUCUCCACCGAAGUGGUUCAAUAUUCAAGCACCAAGAAAGUUGCCAUGUGUAACACAGCUUCGAUCGCUGUCAAUAUGUUUGUGAAUUCUACGAAGAGAACUUUCGACUUUUAUAAACUUAAGGAAGUGGCGAAAGUCGUCACCUAUAAUUUGGACAGAAUGAUUGACGUUAAUUUUUAUCCUCUCCCAGAGGUAAAAUUGUCGUGUGAUAGAGCUAUCGGCAUCGGUGUACAAGGAUUGGCAGACGCGUUUAUCUUAAUGAGAUAUCCCUUCGAAAGCGAAGAAGCUAACGAACUCAACGUUCAGAUUUUCGAGACUCUCUAUUACGGCGCCCUGGAAGCUAGUUGCGAAAUAGCUACUGAGAAAGGCCCUUACGAGUCGUAUAAAGGCAGUCCAGUCAGUAAAGGUAUCCUCCAGUACGACAUGUGGAAUGUAAAACCAACAAAUUUGUGGGAUUGGGAUAUUCUAAAGGCAAAAAUUGCCAAGCAUGGAGUGCGGAAUUCUUUGUUGUUAGCGCAAAUGUCGGAUGCAUUUAUGGCGCAAAUGUUGGAGAAUAACGUAUCAGUUGAGCCGUACACGAGCAACAUUUAUACGAUAUACGCACUAUCGAAACAACAUCCAGUUAUCAAGCCACGUUUGCUGCGAGAUCUAAUCGAGAAAGGGCUUUGGAAUGAAAACAUGUGUAACAACAUUAUUACUAAUGGCGGAUCCAUACAGAACAUUGAGAAUAUACCCGAGGAUUUAAAGUUAUUAUACAAAACGGUUUGGGAAAUGCCACAAAAAACGAUUUUCGAAAUGGCAGCUUCACGGGGACCUUUCAUUGAUCAGUCACAAUGUUUAAAUGUCCACAUGGUCGAUCCAUUACAGAAGCUUACAUCCAUGCAUUUUUAUGCUUGGGAAAUUGGUUUGAAGUCCAGUAUGUAUCGUCUCAUAACUAACGACAAUAAUAUAAAAUAGAUAAGAUAAUGUAAAAAAAAAACAUGUGCCUUGAAAGAGAAGUGAGAAAAGAAUACAGAAAUUCAAAAUAGGAGUAAAUAGGAGUAAAGUAAAUUUUUUAAAUAAAAAAUUACAAUAAAGAUUGUCUUUUAAAAUAAAUAUAGUAAUAAAUAAUAAAAAUGUAUAUUGCUUUUAUAUUAAUAUGUGAAAGUAGACAGCAAGUUACUCCAGUUUUAUAAAUAAAAUUAUGAAAAAAAAA